UCAUUGUACCAAAAUAAAAUGUUACAACACAUCAAUAACAACUUCCAACAGAAUACAAUCUAUAUAUAUAGAUUAAAAGGAAAGGGAACAAAAAGUUUGUUUUUGGUUUUUUAUGUUUGUUGCUCUAACGUUGUGGAGAUAAGGAAGGGAGGAAGGAGGAUUUAUCAAGCCUCAUUCUUUUGCUGAUUGAUGAUUGUGCCCCUUCAUUCCUUACCCUUUCUAUAUUUUUCCUCAACGAAGACCUCAAAGAUGGAAACCAAUGCUGAAAAUCAUAUGACAUCGGCUGCGGCUUUUGUUGAAGGCGGCAUUCAAGAGUCUUGUGAUGAUGCUUGCUGCAUAUGCCUUGAAGAGUUUUGUGAUAAUGAUCCUUCAACUGCUACUGCUUGCCGGCACGAGUUUCACCUGCAAUGCGUCCUGGAAUGGGGUCAAAGAAGCUCCCAAUGUCCUAUGUGUUGGCAACCUAUUAGCUUGAAAGAUCCUACUGGUCAAGAAUUGUUUGAGGCAGUAGAGCAAGAGAGAAAGUGGAGGGUUACUCCAUCAAGGAAUAUUGAUAUCUUUCAUAGCCCGACUCUUGGAGGUUUUGGAUUUCAACAUCUACACAUGGGCGUCAAUGGUUCUUCUUUAGAAGAGAGAUUGCUUCAAAAUUUAGCGAUUGUUGCAUCAAUCGGAAGAACACAUCAUGUUGGUCGAAGGGAAGGACAACAAAUUCGACCAUCUGGUCAUGAAAGAGAAGACAAUCUAAAUGCAAUUCAUAUGAGCAGUCAAUCUACUCCAAUAACAUCUAGUGAAGAUGAACCAUUACAACAAAUACUAAAACGUCAAACUGAAGGUUCCUCAACUUCUCGAUCAACCGUCACGGAAACAAAUGACCAAGAAACUUACUCCAAUGAUAGAGACUGUGUUGCUAAUUCUUCUCCAAUAAACCAAAAUAGAGAAAGGUCAUCAGAAUUCCAUUCAUUUUCAGAUACUUUGCGGUCCAAACUCAAUGCAGUGUCAAUGAGAUAUAAAGAGUCAAUUUCAAAUGGUACAAGGGGUUGGAAGGAGAGGUUGUUCUCUCGAAGUUCGACCAUGUCAGAAUUUGGUUCAAAUUCAAGAAAAAGGUGAACCCUAUAAUUGCUAGUGUAUCGCAAUCAAUGGAAUUCAUUAAAACUAUGAAAACAUUUGAGUUGUAGAUACUUAUUUUCCAAAUCAUUUGGACGAUGGUUCCACGAUAGAAGCAAUCAACGAAAAUUGUGUUAAAGCCGGUGUGAAGACACAUCUCGCGACAACAAUACUCCAUCAGUUUCUUCUACUAUUGACAUUCAAAUUGAGCGUUUUUAUUGUAACAUAUUUUAUGAUCUCAUAUUUGAAAGCAAGCUCUGAUCUUUGUGUGAACCUUAAAAAAUCUUUGGAUCUUGGUCUCUAAUUCAGUGUUUCUUUAUAUUUCUUCA